AUGCUUGUGCCGGUAAUGCAGCUGAACACAGCUGAGGAUUUCCAGUGGACAAAGAAUAAUCCAGGCUCCUUCUAUUAUGGCACUUUCCCAGCUGGUUUUUUAUGGGGUGUUGGAAGUUCUGCAUAUCAGACUGAAGGAGCCUGGGACAAGGAUGGGAAAGGACCAAGUAUCUGGGAUGCUUUCACUCACAAUAAAGGGAAAGUGUUUAGAAAUGAAACAGGAGAUUCAGCAUGUGAUGGCUACUACAAAGUCAAGGAUGACAUUCAGCUACUGAAGGAGCUGAAAGUUAAUCACUAUCUAUUCUCUAUCUCAUGGCCUCGGAUUAUGCCCACUGGCAUUAAAAAGCAACUGAAUGAGAAGGGAAUACAGUUCUACAAUGACACGAUCAACAGUCUUCUGGAAAACAAUAUCACCCCGAUUGUGAGCCUGUACCACUGGGAUCUGCCACAGGUUCUCCAGGAAAAGUAUGGAGGCUGGCAAAAUAUAAGCAUGAUAAAUUACUUUAAUGAUUAUGCAAAUCUGUGUUUUGAGAAGUUUGGCGAUCGUGUGAAACACUGGAUUACUUUUAGUAAUCCUUGGGCAGUUGCUGAGAUGGGUUAUGAAACAGGAGAACAUGCACCAGGACUGAAGCUCGGUGGACAUGGAGCAUACAAGGCAGCGCACCAUAUAAUUAAAACUCACGCGACGGUAUGGCACUCUUACAAUAACACAUGGCGUAGCGAGCAGCAAGGUAUGGUUGGAAUUUCCUUAACUAGUGGCUGGGGUGAACCUGUUGAUCCACAUAGCCAAACAGACAGAGAUGCUGCUGAAAGAUACAUACAGUUCCAUCUGGGAUGGUUUGCAAAUCCCAUUUACAGAGGAGACUAUCCAGAAGUUAUGAAGAAUUAUGUAGGUAGGAAGACUGCCCAGCAGGGCCUGGGGACAUCAAGAUUACCAACCUUCUCAGUGCAAGAGAAAAUGUAUAUUAAAGGCACGUCGGAUUUCCUGGGAAUAGGUCACUUUACCACUCGUUAUGUCAUACAGAAGAGCUUUCCUGUUCUACAAGUGUCCAGUUACCACACUGACCGCGAGUUGGCUGAACUGGUGGACCCUAAAUGGCCAGCUCCAGGACCUAAAUGGCUAUAUUCUGUGCCUUGGGGAUUCAGAAGAUUACUCAACUUCAUUAAGACACAGUAUGGGAACCCUAUCAUUUAUGUGACAGAGAAUGGAGUUUCUGAAAAGGUACAGUGUACUCAGCUGUGUGAUGAAGGGCGGAUAGAGUAUCUGAAAGGAUAUAUUAAUGAAAUACUGAAAGCUCUAAACGAUGGUGUUAACAUCAAAGGCUAUACUGCCUGGUCACUCCUGGAUAAAUUUGAAUGGAACAAAGGCUUCUCGGAAAGAUUUGGAUUUUAUCACAUUGAUUUUAAAAACAAGAACAAACCACGAUACCCAAAGGCAUCUGUUGACUAUUAUAAAAAGAUUAUCAGUGCGAACGGAUUCCCAAAUCCAAGAGAGGUGGCAAACUGGCAUCAGAAGGCCAUGGACAUUUGCUCUACCACACACCAACUCCUUGCUACAGAUUCCCUGAUUACUCGCAUGGAAAUGGUGACAGAGAUUAUUCUUCCUACAGCUUUCACACUCUGCAUACUCAUCAGUAUUGUCCUACUAAUAUUCUACCUUCAAAAUCAUAGAUAA